AUGUAUAACAACGAGCUUCCUGUCAAGAGAAACCGCACGCAAUUAGCGACUAACCUGGAAAAAAUAAACAAUUGGGUAGAGUAUGUCGACGAUACCCUUAAUUUUCCGGUAGUCCAUGCCUCCUCGUUCUCACAAUUUGUUGGGCGGUUCUUUUUCCCAGACACUCCGCCAGAUGAGAAAAUAAACGACUUACAAUCGUAUGGAUUUAAACUGAGCGAUGACACAAUUGGAGACUUUCUGAUGACAUUUGAGCAUAAGUUAAGAGAUAUAAAAGAUGACGCGUUUGCCUUACUUUCCAAUGCAUUAUCGUCUCAGUUUCAAUACACUACCAAGCGGUUUGUGCAGUACCAUACCGCCGAGCUGGUUUUAUUCGGAUAA